CCAGUUUGCAUCGUCCUUUUUUUACUCUAUAAAUUAAGCGAUCACCCUUUUCUCCCCUCUUCAUCUCUAUUGCCUACUACAAUGAAAGAGUACUGGACUUCAUUUGCUUCAUUACUAGGGGUCUUGGCCUUCUGCCAAAGCCUCCUCCAGGUCAUUUUCCCCCCCGAACUUCGCUUUGCCUGUCUCAAAUUCUUCAACCGUGUCUUCAAUCUAUUCUCUUCCUAUUGCUACUUUGACAUCACGGAGAUCGACGGCGUUAACACCAACGAGCUCUAUAACGCCGUCCAACUCUAUCUGAGUUCCUCUGUUUCUAUUAACGGUAGCCGCUUGAGUCUCACUCGGGCUCUCAAUUCUAGCGCCAUUACAUUCGGCCUCUCCAACAAUGACUGCAUCGUUGAUACAUUCGAUGGCGUCAGUGUGGUUUGGGAACACGUUGUGACUCAAAGGCAAGCCCAAACCUUCUCCUGGCGACCAUUGCCAGAGGAGAAAAGAGGCUUCACUCUGCGUAUAAGGAAGAGAGACAAGUCCUUGAUUCUCGAUUCCUACCUGGAUUACAUAAUGGAAAAGGCUAAUGAAAUCCGUAGGAAGAAUCAAGACAGGCUCCUAUACACCAAUUCUCGAGGUGGGUCUUUGGAUUCCAGGGGACAUCCUUGGGAGUCGGUUCCAUUUAAGCAUCCAAGCACCUUUGACACACUGGCUAUGGAUCCCGUGAAGAAGCAACAGAUCAUGGACGAUCUCAAGGAUUUCACCAAUGGCCAAUCAUUUUAUCAGAAGACCGGCAGAGCCUGGAAAAGAGGUUACUUGCUGUAUGGUCCUCCAGGGACAGGGAAAUCCAGCAUGAUUGCAGCCAUGGCUAAUUACUUAAGUUAUGAUAUUUAUGACCUUGAAUUGACCGAGGUCCAUAACAACUCUGAGCUGAGGAAGCUGUUGAUGAAAACGAGUUCCAAGUCGAUUAUCGUGAUUGAAGAUAUUGAUUGUUCAAUAAAUUUGACUAACAGGAAGAAGAAUAACAACAAUACGGGGACCAGGAAUUAUUAUGAACCUGAAAUGAGAAGCGGGUCGGGUUCCGGUGAAGAUGGAGGUAAUUCCAUCACUCUCUCGGGGCUGCUGAAUUUCACCGAUGGGUUAUGGUCUUGUUGUGGGAGUGAAAGGAUUUUUGUGUUUACAACGAACCACAUUGAGAAGCUUGACCCUGCAUUGCUCCGAUGUGGGAGGAUGGAUAUGCAUAUUUUCAUGAGCUAUUGCUCGUACGAUGCAUUGAUGAUACUGUUGAAGAAUUAUCUGGGAUACGAUGAAAGUGAUUUGGAUGCUGAUGUAUUGAAGGAACUUGGUGAAGUAGUCGACAAGGCAGAUAUGACCCCAGCUGAUAUUAGCGAAGUGUUGAUCAAGAACAGGCGUUCCAAGAAAAGAGCCGUCACUGAGUUGCUGGAGGCAUUGAAGACAAGGGCAGAGAAUAAUCUGAAAAGUGGGAAUCUGAUGGAGAAAAUUUCAAAUGAUAUUAUGGAAGAUGAAGAGCAGGAGAAAAGGGCAUUGGAAAGUCCUCCAAACGAAGGAUCUGAAUUUGAAGAACCUUGCAAGAAACAAGAGGAUGAAGAGAAGAUGAAGUGAUAGUGCAAACCAAAAACAGAAUUGAAGGUUUCUCUUUUAGUUUUUCUCCUUUUAAUUAUUCAGAAAGAUUGAAGGUGUAAGAAAGCAGAUUGGUGUUUCAAGUUUGGACAAACCAAAGAUCUUUCAAAUUUUGUUGGUGAGACAUGAAGCAAUAUGGUGAACUAUUGGGAUGAGGAGAAAAAACAAAGGGUUAGGAAAAAUGAUUGGCAUCCAUCUAUCUUAUUUCUUGUUUAACAAUGAAUCUAGCUUAUAUUAUUUAUGUGAUGCCAAGAUAAGAUUAUUAGCAUGUAUCAUGUAUGUGGGUGUGGUUGGCCAUGUGAGGAGUUUCUUUUUCUGUUACUCCAUAGUAUAUUGUGUCGCACAUGCUUCCCUUGCAAAAUCCUCCUUGGGAAAGGAGGGGUUUACAAAUAAUGAAGCACAUGGCACAUGGGCACACUUAAAUCACUCGUAAUCAUGUUGUAAUUAGCAAUGACAUGAAAGGCUUUGCUUUCUUCUACCAA